AGUGAAAACACUUCGUUGCUGCUGUAAUAGGCGUGUAGAUUGCGUGGUCGCUCGGCACUCUUUUGAACAGUGCCUUUGUCUUGGCGACCUGUUUAUAAAGCGUUGAUGCGCUCACAGGGAAAAGAUGGAAGCAGAUUGAAAGAGAUAGUCCUCUCUCUCGCUCUCUCUCUCUCUCUCUCUCUCUCUCUCUCUCUCUCUCUUCUUCAUCUUCAUCUUCAUCGCCUUCAUCACCGUCGUCUCUCGCUCUUGUAGAUGUUGUCUGCCAUUCGGAGAUCACCAGUUCUUUCCGUUUGAGGUGACCAGGGUGGUGUGUGUCUCUCCCCCCCCCCUGGUUCUCCCAGCUUGUCUCGGAUUGAUGAAAAUGGCGGAAGCAUCGAACGAGGAGGAGCACCCGGAAACGAGCUCCUCCUCCUCGUCUUCCUCGUCCUCCUCGUCCUCGCCAAACUCGCCUGCGGCCGCGGCCCGCGACCCGUCGAGAUCCUCCUCCAAGCCGAGCAAGCACCCGGUGUACCGCGGGGUCCGGAUGAGGAACUGGGGCAAGUGGGUGUCGGAGAUCCGGGAGCCCCGCAAGAAGUCUCGCAUCUGGCUUGGCACCUUCCCCACCCCGGAGAUGGCCGCCCGCGCCCACGAUGUCGCCGCCCUCCACAUCAAGGGCUCCUCCGCCUUCCUCAACUUCCCCGACCUCGCCCCCUCCCUCCCCCGCCCCUCCUCCCUCUCCCCGCGCGACGUCCAGGCCGCCGCCUCCCUCGCCGCCCGUAUGCCCGACCACCAAGGAACGGCCGAGACCUUGCGGCCGACGGCGGAGCUCGACGCUCAGCACUCGCCAUUGCCCUCGAGGUCGCUGUCGUCCAUGGUGUCGGCGAUGGACAUAUCCGCGGCGACGGUGGAGCUGAGCGAGAUCGUCAAGCUGCCGAGCCUCGGGGCCAGCUGCGACGAGCUGGGGAGCGAGUUCGCCUUCUCCGACUCGGCCGGCGCCGAGUGGGGCUACUACUACGACGACUACCAGCCGACGUGGCCGGAUCGCCUCGAGGACUGCGGGCCGUACGACUGCGGUCACCAGGCGGCGGCGGCGCCGGGGAGCGGUGGCUCGCUGCUGUGGGAUCAUGACUGAGCGAGUGUGGGAUCUUAGUGUUUGGGGAGAGAAGUCUGUGAAUUUCUUGUGAAAAGAAAAUGAAUUUUUUUUCCUUUUUUUUUAAUGAAUUAUGGUGCUUAUUUAAUUCCAUUGUUGUCUUUUUUUUAAUAAUUUUUUUAAAUCUUUUUACCGAGUCCUUUUGGUAUUUUCUUUGAAAGGGCCGGUCAAAGGUGUGUGUGUGGUGUCCCCCUCGCAGGGCUGCAUCCACUAACGUGUUUGGAUAAACUUUGCUGUGUACAGAUCCUCUAUGUUCAUGUGACUUUUGGGGGAAAAAAUAUGUUUAUUUUGACUUCAUUUA